AAUCCUAUAUGAAUGUGGAAGCCAUUAGCAGAGUAAUUGCUGUCUGUUACCAUGACAACCAGCCGCUGCAGUCACCUGCCCGAAGUGUUGCCAGACUGCACCAGCUCAGCUGCACCCGUGGUGAAGACUGUGGAGGAUUGUGGCAGCCUAGUGAAUGGGCAGCCACAGUAUGUCAUGCAAGUUUCAGCCAAGGAUGGGCAGCUGCUGUCAACAGUAGUUCGGACUCUCGCCACCCAGAGCCCCUUCAAUGACCGGCCCAUGUGCAGAAUAUGCCAUGAAGGAAGCAGCCAAGAAGACUUGCUUUCUCCAUGUGAAUGUACUGGGACCUUGGGGACAAUUCAUCGAAGCUGCCUGGAGCAUUGGCUUUCAUCCUCAAACACCACUUACUGUGAACUCUGCCACUAUAGGUUUGCAGUGGAGCGCAAACCCAGGCCAUUAGUGGAGUGGCUCCGGAACCCAGGCCCCCAACAUGAGAAGCGGACUCUGUUUGGAGACAUGGUGUGCUUCUUGUUCAUCACGCCCCUGGCCACCAUCUCAGGCUGGCUCUGCCUGAGGGGCGCCGUGGACCACCUGCACUUUAGUAGUCGGCUCGAAGCCGUUGGACUGAUUGCACUCACUGUCGCACUCUUCACUAUUUACCUCUUUUGGACACUAGUAUCAUUUAGGUACCACUGUCGAUUGUACAACGAAUGGCGUCGGACCAAUCAGAGGGUGAUUCUACUCAUUCCAAAGUCUGUCAACAUACCUUCUACCCAGCAGUCCUUACUGGGCCUCCAUUCUAUCAAGAGGAACUCAAAAGAGACCAUUGUUUGAUAUUUGUGUGGUGGGUUAGUUGAUUCGAUGUUUUGGGUUUGGUCAUUUAUGCACUGGGGUCAUGCACUGAGCCACCUCAAACCCUUCCUUAAGCCCAUGGGCCUCCGAAUAUCCAGAGCCUUGUGAGUGCAUCUCCCUGAGCAACAAACCCUGCCAGAAGAAGGCAAAUGCUGUUUUCCUUCAAUCCAUGGAUGCUGCAAUCAUAUGAUAUUUGCUAAGUUGCCAAACAUGUUUAUUUAGCAGAUACUGUAUGGAAUUUUCUGAACACCUCUUUAACAUAUGGGGAAGGUUGGCCUGCUGAGGAUGCGACACAACUCUUCCUUUUUUAUUACUAUUUCAAAGAUAUAUAAAUAUAUAUUAAACUUAGAUGAUAAUCAAAAUUGAAAAGCCAAUGUUAAAACUGGUUUCUUGGUUUGGAUGGGUUUUGCUUGAGUUAGUUGAUUUGUUUUCCGGUUUCUACUAUACAUUAUUUGGGGUGAUUUGAUAGCUUGAGUGUCUUUUUUCAUCUCUUUCCUAUCCCUGCCUCAAGUCAGUGCAACUACUACAGAUUAAGUCAUAUUUGAAGGAUGUUUUUACUAAACUUUAUUUAAUUAUUCAGUUUAUAAAGGGAAAAAAAUGGGUGGCAACUCUCCCCACCAUAAGCUGUUUAUUUAAAUUUCAUUAAGGAGAGAAAAAAAUGGUGAGAAGCACGCUCCUUUCAACUUAUUUGGUACUGACAGCUGAUAGAAGCUAUUUUCUAAUAAUAAAUAUCCAGUGUGUGAAAGACAAA